CCUCCCUCAUUAACCCUAGCCGUUUCCCCUUUCUUCUUCCUCUGCUCUUCUUUUCUUCUUCCUCUGCUCUUCCUCUGCUCUUCUUUUCUUCUUCCUCUUCUCUUCUUCCUCACAGCCAACUCCUCACCUCCUUCGACCCGCCACCUCACCGCCUCCUCACCGCCACCAAACACCCACAACCUCAAACAAAACCCACCUCUCCGCCACCAAACACCCACAACCACAACCAAAACCACCUCACCGCCACUCACCCGCCACCAAACCCGCCUCACCGUCUCCUCAUCGCCACCAAACACCCACCACCGCAACCAAAACUUACCCCAGCCUCCACCAAAGCUUCAAUCCGGACCCAAAUCGCCCCUCAAGCACUGGAUCGGAGACAUGCAGGCCUUCCACCCUCCGCCACCCUCCGCCACCGCCACUAGAUCGGAGAAAAACAACCGGAUCAAGCUUUCCUUUACACCCUUCAGCUUCUGUUACUUGUGUAAUUGUGUUCAAAUGGAAAAUGACAACUAUGUCUAUAGCUCAUCAAGAUGUUUGUUUCAUGGUCUGGAAAUCACUGAAAACGUGAACGUUGAAAAGGAGAAGCUGAUGGCAAACCGUGAUAGUGUGCUGGAAAAGGUUGAAGCCACAAACAAAACAAAAAGAGUCAAUGAUGCUGUUUGGGAGUGGCUAAAAGAUGCAGAGAAACUCAUAGAAGAGGAGAAGAAGCUUGAAACAGAGUUGGAGAAGGCUGGAUCCAGUAAUUGUUUAAGAGGGCCUUUUUGUUUUCUUGAUAGUAAGAGGAGAUACAAGUUGUUCAGUGAAAUGCUAAAGAAAAUAAAGAUGCUGAAUACAAAAUGUGAAUUUGAGCCAUUUUCCAUCCCAAUUCCAGGUUUAGAGUACUUCUCUUCUAUAGAUUUUGUGUGUUUUGAUCCACAAAAAAAAACUAUGGAUCAACUUAUGGCUGCACUAGAAGAUGAUAGUAUCCACAUCAUUGGAUUGUAUGGGAAGCAGGGCUCUGGUAAAACAAAAUUGGUAGAGGCAGUGGGUAAGAAAGCCAAGUAUUUAAGGAUUUUUAAUAAAGUUAUAUUUGCCACAGUGCCCCAAAACGGAAAUAUUGUCCGACAGAUUCAAGACCAAAUUGCUGACUCCUUGGAUCUGACAUUUCAAAGAUAUUCUGAAGUCGCGAGAGCAAAUGCGAUAUCUUCGGAGAUUGAAAGUAAUCGUCUAGUUCUUGUUAUCUUAGAUGAUGUUCGGGCACGGCUUGAGCGAAAGGAUAUAGGUAUUCCUAUUAAUGGUAAAUGGUGCAAGGUCCUUUUCACCACGCGUAGCCAACAAGAGUGUACCCUAAUGGAUUGUCAGAGAGAAAUCCCUCUGCUUCCCUUGUUUGAAGAGGAAGCUUGGACUUUGCUCAAAAAACAUUCAUACAUUGAUGAUGAGUCCUCGUUCGACCUAUUAUCUUUGGCACGAGAACUUGCUAAUGAAUGUCAAGGGUUACCUCGUACAAUUAAAGAAGUGGGAUCUUCCUUAAAAAGUCAACCCAUUGAGGAGUGGAAAACCUUAUUAUACAGUUUGAGACAUUCGGCUCGUUACCAAAUCUUUAUCAGCUUUAGGGGAGGUGAUACUCGCCACUCUUUUACAGGUUUCCUCUAUGAUGCUUUGUGCCGAGAGGGAUUCAAGACCUUCAUGGAUGAUGGGGAAUUGGAGUGCGGCGACCAGAUUUCACAAACUCUUAUUAACGCAAUUGAAGCAUCAAGACUUUCCAUUAUUGUUCUAUCUGAAAAUUAUGCGAAAUCUGCAUGGUGUCUUGAUGAACUUGAUAAGAUCCUGGAGUGUAUGACGACGAAGAAUCAAUUAGUUUGGCCAAUCUUUUAUAAAGUGGAACCAUCAGAUGUAAGAUAUCAGAAAAAUAGUUAUGGAGAAGCCAUGGUUGCACAUGAAAAUAGAUUUGUGUAUGAUUCUGAGAUGAUUCAAAACUGGAGGUCAGCUUUGUUUAAAGUUGCUGGCUUGUCUGGAAUGACUUAUAGUACUGGGUAUGAAUAUAAGUUUAUUCAAACAAUUGUGGAAAGGGCCAAGAAUAAUAAGAAUCGCUUGUUUAUACAAAGCACAGAUAUGGAGUAGAAGGAAGACUUAGUCUCACAAGACAGAAUAUGUCACAAGUGUUUGCUAGCUCAAAAAUAGACGGUGGUUCUAUUGUGUGUUACGUAGGAGGAAGUAGUGUUUGGACACAUUUUAUAUUCAGAAAUGGUUUAAAAAUUUGAUUGGUUUAUUUGUGAGAAUUGUGUCUAUUCUGAGAAUAAAGUCGGAUAAAAUGCAGGCCGGACCUGUUAAUCUUGAAUUGCACUUUUUUUAUGAUGAGUCCAGUUUAGAGGAUUUAAUUUCUAUUUUGGAUCCUUUAUCUGAACAGUCAAAUCCAUGGUUAUGAUUAAUUGAUUAUGGUAAAUCUUA